CUGUCUAUGUAGCAAAUCCUUCCUUCAUUUGAUUAAGUUCCUGGACUUUCGGUUGCAGCGAAUCAAAUCAGCUGGAAUUUCCAAGCGAAACAGGACGACAUUUGGGGCAGCCUGCAAGAGUCUCUGUGCUUCUGCCGGCAUACCUGAGCCGGUAGACUGUAGCCAUGAUGGCCUGCUCUCUGAGGAGCGUUAAGUCUCCUGCACCUCUUCCUUCCCCUAGUUGUGUUCCAACACCCCCUUCCACCCAAACAAAAACACCAGGAAUAUUGUGUUUGUACCAGCUGCCAGCUGGUUGACAACUGAGUACCAAUCAUGCGACUUGCCAUGUAGAUCUCCAAUAAUCUCGUACUGCAAUCUUGCUGCAUUGACACAUUUGUGCAUUAAUAUCUGCUCGUUAAUACACCAACACACUUUCCAUUUAUUUAUGUAUCCAUUUAGCACAGUAACAGGCCCCUCUGGCCCAACGAGCCCACGCCCAUGUGACCAAUUGACUAACUAACCCACCUGUACGUCUCUGGAGCGAGGGAGGAAAGUGAAGAGCAUGCAGACUUCUUACAGACCGUGGUGGGAAUUGAACCUGGGUCACUGGCACUGGUUUUGCUAACCGCUACUCUGAUUCACUCUUUUUGUUACAGUUUCCGCACCUUGAUAGAACAAGCUCUCCAGUGAGGCAGACAGGGUUUAACGUGGGUGGAGAACUAGCGUCCGAGAGAGCUUCAUAAGGAAUUUCAAGCUGUUGAGGUUAAACUAAGUGCCAAAAGAAGAAAACUGCUGGUAGAACACUGUGGGUUUAGAAACAGCUGCGGGGAGAAGGAAUGGUCGAGAGAUGAGGAGAAAUUCCUUUGACCAGAGGCUGGUGAACCUGUGGAAUUCAUUGCCGCAGACGGCUGCGGAAGUCAAGUCGUUGGGUAUAUUUGAAACGGAGGUUGAUAGGUUCUUGAUUAGUAAUGGUGUCAAAGGUUAUAGGGCAAGGCAGGAAAAUGGAGUUCAGUUACGAGUGAAUGGUGCAACAGACUCGAUGGGUUUAAGUGGCCCCAUUCUGCUCCUGUUGGUUACGGUCUUGUGUUUCGGUCAAAAUCAGUCCCAAUGCAGGGUCCUGGACCUGAAACUGUUAACGAUUCCUUUCCCUCCUCUCCCCCAAUGGAUGCUGCUUGACCCACCAAGUUACUCCAGUAGAUUACACGAUUAUCCAGAUUCCAGCACCUGCAGGCUCUCGUGUCCCAAGAUUAAAGUGUGUACUGGACUCGGGGUCCUGGUGAGACAGCUGACCCAUCACCCUCGAGUUCCAGGGACACAUCAUUGACCCCAACCUUAAGAGGAGGUCUGUGUGGAGUUCACAUAUUCUCCUCACGAACGUGUGGGCUCACUCCAGGAGAUGGAGUCUCCUCCGGGACGCCAGAAAUUUGCUGGUGGUUUAAUUGAUGGCUGUGAAUUACCCGUUUCAGCAGCUGAAUGGCAGAAAAAAAAAAUUCCAGACUUGCAGAAGAGCAAAUAAAGAGAGGGUAAAUGUUUCUGAGGAGGGUGCUCUGGGAGCCAGCGGCUAAGCGUGGAGACACGGGCGAUGACGGGUGUUGUGAUCUGGAGCUAAGAUAAACUGCGAGGGGAUCUCGGCGGGUCCAGCGGCAUCUGUGGAGGUAAAGGGGUGAUUGCCGAGAUCUUCCAUUGGGACUGAGAGAUUUGCAGUGCAACGAGGUCGAGGGAUAAGAACAUAGGAAACAGGAGCAGGAGUCGGCCAUCCGGCCUGUCGAGCCUGCCCCGCCGUUCAAUAAGAUCGUGGCUGAUCUGUCCGUAAACUCAGCUACAUCGACCUGCCUUUUCCCCCAGAACCCUUAAUUCCACUACUAUAUAAAAACUUAUCUAACUGUAUUUUAAAUAGUGAGGAAGCCCCAACUCCUUCCCUGGGCAGAGAAUUCCACAGAUUCACCACUCUCUGGGAGAAACAGUUCUCCUCAUCUCCGUCCUCAAUCUUCUCCCGUGGAGGUGGAAGGUAGAAGUGAGAACCAGGCAAGUUGUGGGGAUGUGGGAAGAUGGGCGGGUGUAAUGUCGCCUGAUUGUGUGGGGGAGCUAGGAAAGGUGAGCAAAGGAAGAGAGACUGGUAGCGGUGUGGAAGGAGCACAGGGUGUGCUCGGCUGGGAGGCAAAUUUCAUGUCCAUGCAUUCAUUGUUAAACAUUUAUUGGGGUCGCAGUGAGCCAAACACUAAUAUGGUGUCAGUGACCGGGCUGCAAGGAGUUUAUAACCAUCUCUGCUGGGCGCUCCCGAUUUCCUCCUGCGUCCCACAGACACUCGGGUUAGUAGCUUACUCGGGCAUACGGGUGCAAUCAGACUGUAGGCCGCGCAGGUGGAAGGUGAAAUGCUGCUCUUCUAGUUUGCGCUUUGCCUCGCCGUGGCAGUGGAGGAGGCUGCACGCGGUCGGGUUGGCGCGGGAACGGGCAGGAGGAUCUCGAGGCGACUGCCGCGGGCUGGGCAAAGCACUGCGCGAGUCUCGCUGGGGCUUGAUUUUCCUGUUUUUGUCGCAGACCUCCCCGGACUGCCUCCCCUUUGCCACCAUGAGGCACCAGCAGACCCGCCCCGAGAGCCACUCUUCGGUCACUGUUCUGGUGAAGCCAGGUGUCUCCAAGCUGUCACGUCACGGCCGGGAUCUGGUGCCUCGGAGGCCCAGGCUGCAGGAGAGGGACGAAGGGGAAGUAAGCAAGAUGUCAGAAGAGCCUCCAUUUGUAAUAAAAGACCAAGAGCUUGAUGCCUUUCUUAAGCUGCUCGAUGAUGAGGUGAUUCAGGACUUCCUGUGGAUGGACAGUUGCUGCAGGAUUGCAGACAAGUACUUGCUGGCCAUGGUCCUCAGCUAUUUCAAACGAGCAUUUCUUCAUACAAGUGAAUACUCAAGGAUGAACUUCUUCUUGGCUUUGUACCUGGCGAAUGACAUGGAAGAGGACGAAGAGCAGUACAAGUACGAGAUAUUCCCGUGGGCGCUGGGCGAGAAUUGGAGGAAGCUCGUUCCGAAUUUCCUGAAGCUCCGGCUGCACCUCUGGGCGCAGAUGAAUUACCGGGCGGCCGUGAGCCGGCACUGCUGUGAGCAGGUGAUUGCCGCCAUUCCGUCUCACUACAUCUGGCACAGAGAGCGUCCAGCUCACCACAGUGGUGCGACCCGGAGCUACUUGCAGAAAGAGAUCGUCCCCUCCCUGCCGGGACCCAACGGAAGCCCCCCAUUGUGCACCCUCUGUACCCACUCCAGGUGCUACUUCGGCCUCGACUUGGACUCCUCACCCUCGCCAGAAAAUGCCUCCCUGUUUGAUAGCGAUUGGCCCCACGAUUUCCUGAUACUUUCCCCAGCUGCACUGAUAGACCACGCGGUAGAAGGUACGGUCUCACUGGACUCUGUCUAACACCCUCGGGGUUCGAAUGUGGGAGGAGUCUCUCUCCAGGUUUUUGACAGGGAGCAGAUUAAAUGCCCGGUUGGCAGUUUUGUAGUUCAGGCCGCAAACAGCGCACCAGUUGUAAUCUUUUUCCUGACUAACACAAGAUCCCAGACCUGGCAGUCACAGGACCGUGUUCCGCGGUGAAGUUUUUGCUGGAAUCCAAAGCCCGAUUCUCGAAGCGAAGUUUUGCAGGUUUGGAUUAAUGGGCUGCGUCUGCUGCCUUGUUCCGUAUUAGGAUGCACCACCCUGCCUAAAUCCCCCUGGGCUGGGCUGAGCACUCACGGGCACCUCACCUAGAAUGACCGGAGCAGCCUUUAACACCGCCGCGCGGUGCGGUCUGCGUUUGAGCACAGCUGGGUUUGCCUGCUCACUUCCAGGGGAUUCUGUUGCUGUCCUGUAUUGCAGUGUGGGGAACUCCUGACCUGCUGGGAUGAUGGCAGCUCUGUGCAUUGCUCCUGCCGGAAGUGUUAGUCAAGGGCACCUUGACGUCCUUUUACCACUGGUGCAGGUGCUGGCGUUUCUCCUCCAGCCUGUUCAGCAUUUUACGGCCCAGCGCACUUUAUUUGUUCUCCUACUUUCUCGUUUACCCCUGCGGAACUGACGGGCAGGGAGUUGUUGCCAUUGUCUGUUUGCACUCGAAUGUUACGAGCAUCCGUUUGUGAUUGUGCGUGUAUUUAUUGCUGUGGAAUAAAUUUUGGA